ACCAGAUUAAGCUACGCAACUUGCUUGUAGGCCUGGCCUUUCUCUAAGUAUCUGGAUGCCUUAAAAUCGACCGAGGUUAGGUACCUAAUUACCUGUGUAAACCUACCUAUGGAACAAUAGCAGCAGCAGCAGCAGCAGCACAUGCUUUGAUGCGCGUCAUCCCGUCGCACUGCAUAUAUGUAUCGGGCGCUCUCCCUCUUUUCUUUUUGGACGACUUCCCGCUGCUCUCGUGGUUUGUUUCUUUUCGGUUUUCUCGGAGGUGCUCAUAUCCUUCUAGAAACCUUGUACCGCCGACCUUGAACGAUCCCAGCACCACCACUACACUACCCCCACCACCCAACCACCGCGUCCUACCUUUUGCAUCGACCCGUGAUCUGUUCCCGUGAGCAGGACCUGGUAGACUCGGUGACCUCUUUUUCCCUUCUAAAUUCUUCUGGUUGUUCCAAUCCUCGUUGUGAGACUCUUGUUGUCUCGGCACAAACAACGUUAUCAUCUGCCUUGGACCCCCGAGAGAAGACACCGUGGGGUUUCCCCCGCCCCGGACUCUGCCGACGGCAACCGAAACAACGGACAGAAUAUCAAUUACCUUUGACAUCAUCGCCUUGACGUCUACUAUCCAACCGGGCCCGAGUUGCGAUUGCUGACGACGACUAACGACAAUACGAAAAAGAAAAAGAAAACCAAAGAAAAAAGAAACAAAGGCCCGUAGCUUCAACACAUUCAACUGCUACAAGAUCGCAGCAGCACUCGCAGAGGCAGAGAUGGGCGAUAUGAUCCAGGACCUGCCCCCCGCGGCCUCUUCUUCUUCUUCUCCGUCUCCUUCUUCCACAUCACCGGCGACACGGCGGAACCAGCUCUUUCUCGGCACCUUUGUGCACUCCAAGACGAGGGAGACGCUCGAGUAUCUUCACGAUGCCGCCGUGUGCGUCGACGAGUCGGGUACCAUUGUCGCCGUCGAGACGGGAUACGACCUGGCAAGGGCUGAGGCCGAGCUGCUCCCCCGCCUAGGGUGGGAGAUGGGCCAUGUCGAGGUCAAUGUGGGGAGGGACGGCCAGUUCUUCUUCCCUGGCUUUAUCGACACCCACGUCCACGCCUCGCAGUACCCCAACGUCGGCAUCUUUGGCAAAUCCACCCUGCUCGACUGGCUCAACACCUACACAUUCCCCCUCGAGUCGAGCCUCAAGGACCUCGCCAAGGCGAGGCGCGUCUACACCGCCUGCGUGCGCCGCACCCUCGCUCACGGCACCACCACCUCGGCCUACUUCGCCACCAUCGACGUCGACGCCACGAACCUGCUGGCCGACAUCUGCCUGGCCCUAGGCCAGCGCGCCUUCGUCGGCCGCGUGUGCAUGGACCGCGACGGCCUGUGUCCCGACUACUACCGCGACGAGUCGCCCGCGGACUCGCUGCGGAAGACGAGGCAGACGGUCGACCACAUACGCUCCAUCGACCCGGCCUUUGACAUCGUCGCCCCCAUCCUGACGCCGCGCUUCGCCCCGGCCUGCUCGCGCGAGGCCAUGAGGGGCCUGGCCGACAUGCAGGAGGAGCUCGGCCUGCUCGCGCAGACGCACGUCUCGGAGAACGAGGGCGAGAUCGAGCUUGUGCAGCAGCUCUACCCGGAGAGCGAGAGCUACACCGACGUCUACGACGCCCAGGGCCUGCUGAGCGAGCGCAUGAUCCUCGCCCACGCCAUCCACCUGUCGGAGAAGGAGGCCCGCACCAUCGCCGACCGCGGCGCAAAGGUCUCGCACUGCCCCUGCAGCAACAGCAGCAUCACGAGCGGCGCCGCUCAGGUGCGCUGGCUGUGGGACAUGGGCAUCGACGUCGGCCUCGGCACCGACAUGAGCGGCGGCUACAGCCCGAGCAUCCUCGACGCCGCGCGGCAGGCCGCCCUCGUGUCGCGGCACGUCGCCAUGGGGCUGCGCGGCCACGAGAGGGAGAGGGCCAAGCUGACGGUCGAGGAGGUGCUGUACCUCGCCACGAGGGGCGGCGCCCACGUCGUCGGGCUGCGGGACAGGGUCGGCGCGUUCGAGGUCGGCAUGCAGUGGGACGCGCAGCUGGUCGGCCUGCCCCUCGUCGACGAGGACGGCGGGCAGGGCGACGGCGGCGGCAACGUCGACGUCUUUGGGUGGGAGAGCUGGGAGGACCGGGUGGCCAAGUGGCUUUACAACGGCGACGACCGGAACACCAAGAUGGUCUGGGUCAAGGGGCGGCUGGUGCACUCGGCGAGGUAGGCGGCCGGCGCCAAAGCCUUGUGGUCGAAUGAUUGAUUGAUUGUAUAUGGGGUUUGUGAUCUAUGUGGGAAGGCGAUAUGCAUUGGGUUCGGCGUCCUUUGUGGCUCUCGGGUUAAGGGAGUUGGCGUUUUGAUGUUCGACCACCGGGGCCGAGUGGUUAGACAUGACGCCUAGAGUUAUGGAAACCUGUUUCUUCGGCAAUGCCGUGGUUUCCUCUUGCGGUCUGUCUGCUUGAUGUUCACGGGUUCAUUGCCAACAUCGAAUCGUGUCAAUCUCCACCUCGGUGGAUGCUUUGGGGGGAAACGGUGGUCGUGGCAGCUUUUGUCUUCCCCAGUACUCAACCAUAUUGAAGAAUUCCAA